AUGUCCAGACCCGAAAAUUACUUUGGGCGAAGACUCUCCUUUAGCGGAGCAUUAUGUACGGUGCGCUAUGUUGGCCCCAUCGAGGGCACUAAAGGAGACUGGCUUGGGGUAGAAUGGGACGAGCCAAGUAGAGGCAAGCAUGGUGGAGGUCAUAAGGGUGUAAGGUACUUUGAAUGUCGUAGCGCUUCUCCUACUGCAGCAUCCUUCAUUCGCCCUUCUAGACCCAGUGAUCAGCCUACUAGCUUUUUUGAAGCUUUGAAGAAAAAGUAUGCCUCUGCCAGUGCAGAAGAAAUCACGGCAACGGCAAAUGAAAUCCACAUCAGUGGCAAAACCGUGGAGGAGGUCGGCUUCGAAAAGAUCCGACGGCAGCUUGCAAAGGUGCAAGAACUUCGUAUUGUGGUGUUGGACGGUGCAUGUAUUGCUGCCGUUGACAGCGAUCUCGAGAAACAGAAUUUGAAGAUCAUCGAGCUUGACCUGAGCAGGAAUCUGCUCGAAAGUUGGUACGAAGUCACUGCUAUCUGCAGUUCUCUCCAUUGUUUGCAAAGCCUUAGACUCGAUGGUAAUACAUUGAGCCGGCCCCAGGACCCAUUCAAUAGUGACGAAUCACAUGGGUCCUAUGGACAACUCAAAGAGCUGAGCCUUAACAACCUUGGCUUCUUGCCAGAAACAGCGACUGGAGAAAUUGGCAACCUCUCAUGGGAAUUUAUCAAAAAGUUCACGGCCGUAUUCCCCUCGCUGACGACCCUUUCUCUCGCCUCCAAUAACCUCACCGACAUCACGUUGCCCCUUACGACCCCGCUUCUCACGAAAUUAGACCUUUCUUCCAACGCGUUCACCACCCUCGAGCACAUCCGCCCACUAACAGCACUUCCCAAUCUCCAAACCCUGUCCCUCCGAGCAAAUCCCCUCACAUCGCUCUCUUCACCACCAGAUAUGGGCAUCCUCUUCCCAAAGCUCAAGCAUCUGGAUCUAAUAUCGACAGUUCUUCCCACUCUUUCCUCUCUCAAUCCAAUCCCCGUGUCAUUCCCAGGACUUACAUCACUCCUUACAACCCACACACCACUGAUCACCUAUCCUUCCGCGUCACUCCAUACAAUCGCCCGCCUUGCGACACUUACCGAGCUCAAUUACUCACAGAUCACCCCUCCGGAAAGACAGAAUGCGGAGCUCUACUACCUCAGCCAAGUAUCGAAGCAGCUCGCUGCCAUCACUGACAAUGUCAAGGAGCGCGAGGUACUGGAGGAGCACCCACGAUGGAAGGAGCUGUGCGAUAUCCACGGCGAGCCGACCAUCAUCAGAACGAACGAUGCCGACGCGGCCGACGCAGGAACACUGGCAGCACGAGUGACGGAAUUCGUAUUCCAAAUCAGCAAACAAGACCUGCAAAGAGCGCGAAAGCACGCUCAGAGCAUAGACGGCCAUUCAGGCGAGAAUACCGCGAAGAAUGACCCCGGCCACGAUGCUCCCAUCGUCGAAAAGACGAAACUCAUCCCCCGCACCGUAGACGUCUACCGCCUCAAAGGCAUCGUAGGCCAACUCUUCAACAUCAGACCCAUGUCGGUGAAGCUGAUUUGGGAGACGGAGGAGUGGGAUCCUGUGGGUGAGGGGGACGGGGGGCUGGAGUGUCAGUGA